AUGGCAAUUGACUUCGAGACUUUCGACGUUCCCGGAGCGCGGACCUACUUCGGGCACGUUUUACCAGUUGGUCUUCAAGUCAAACAGGAUAAGACCAGCAUCGACCCGCCGUCCGUUGCCGAGUCGGCUGAGGCUCUUCGGACACUAGGAGAAUCGGGUAAGCUUCAAGAGCUCCUUGACCGCCAUGGCGCGGUCCUGAUCAGAGGAGGUGGCCACCCCUCGGCGGAGACGUUCGCCAAGCUUGUUGGUGCGGCCGAGGAAGGUCGCGGCUCUACUCCCCAUGUGCAGAUCGGCUUGGCUGGGAAGAGAACGAUACUUGCGGACAACGUCUGGACCGCAAAUGAAGGAUCCCCGUUGACUCGAUUCUACCAACAUAACGAGUACUCAAGAUACACGAGAUUUCCAACCAACAUUCACUUCUAUUGCGUCAAGAAGGCAUCAAAAGGUGGCGCCACGCCGAUUGCCCACAGCGCCAAUGUCUUCGAGAAAGUCCAGGCCGAGAUUCCAGAACUAGUGGAUCAAGUACACAAGCGCGGACUGGGUAUGAAAAUGGUCUUUCGUGCGCCGGGAAAAGAGGCUCAGGUGAACUCGUUCAACUGGGCUGGUGAGCACAGCUUCGGCCAACAGCUACUUCCCGAAGACGAUGAAGCCACCACGAGACAGAAAGUUGAGAAGCAAGUCCGCAAAUUGACGGAUGAUUUCAAGUGGCAUCAAGACGGGACUCUUGAGUUGACUCAGCAUAUCCCAGGCAUCCGAAGGUUGCCACACAAUGGGAGACCCGUGUGGUUCAACGGUUUGGUGGGAAGGCAUGGCAUCACUCGAGAUAUCGGAGCUCUCGAUCCCCCUCAUAUCGGCCGAGAUGGAAUGACUUAUGUUCCAUGCGUCUAUGGAGAUGAAACUCCUAUCCCAAGGGAGCUGCUUGACAAGCUCAUCGAUGUCAUUGACAGAGAAGAAAUAAGCUUAACGCUCGAGGAGGGUGACUUAUUGCUAGUUGACAACUUCCAAGUUUCCCACGGUAGAGAACCUUGGGAAGGGGACAGGCAAAUUCUGGUUUCCAUGUGGGACACCUCUACUCCUAUUGGUGUAUAUUGA